CAACGGGACCAUUAGCAAGACCACCGCAUCGUGUCUUGAGCAGCACAGAGAUGACCGCCACACCCAUCUCCCCAAAAGCGACCACACUCACGCUCAAGGACAGUAACACAAAGGAGUGGGCAAAAGGAACAAAGGCAAGGCUCAUUGCAAGUCCAAAAUGCACAUCUUGAUCGUCGGCUGGGCGUCAGCGGCAUGAGCGCUGUGAACUUCGUUUCCCUCCGUCCCGUUGGGUUCGACGCCCUCAUGUAUGACAAGUCUCCAUCCGUCGGCGGUAGCGCAGCGAGCUAUCAGCACUUGACGAGUUUGGGAAAACCUGCGGAUGGAACAGACGGCCAGGCUCAUCCGUACGGCGCAGAGCACAUCAAUUAUGAUGUACAGGAUGCAACGUCAAUGUUCCACAAUACCUCAAGAUGUUUGAGGAAACGCUCGGCUUCAAGGGUACCCAAGUCGGGAUGCAGAUUUUGUUCGGCAAAAGCAAGUCCUCUUCUCGCGCAUGGUCUCGCUUCUCCGCUUCUCGCCGAUCUUUGGUUAAAGAAUGGUUUACCCGCUCGCUGGCAUGCCGACCUUGAUGGCUUUCCCCAAGCUCGCAGGCGUAUACGGCGCCUGGCGACGCGCAGUUGAGGAGAAUAUGAAUGUGCGCAUCCAGAAGAAGCGGGAUGUACUUUCCUGCAUUGCUGGACGAAGGAGGCACGCAAGUGGGGAGGUAACACCAUAGCCCGUCCAGGAAGGGCAGAUACAGAGGGCAGGCCAGUUACAACUGAUGUUGGAGGAGAUGGUGAGGAGGAAGAAGUUUUCAACGAGCUGACCAUGCUUGCAAUGCGGACUCGGCACUCAAAA